CUCAUUUUUCAAGCUCACCCUUUGCCCACAACUUUUCCUUCCCUACUAUUUACCUUUUCAUUUUCUCAGUCAGUCUUUGCUCAUCAACAUUUCUCUCUCAGAGAGUCAGAGAAAGACUCAUGGCUUCUUCUCUUCUUAGAACCACUUUUGUUCCUUCUUUCUACUCUCAUCAAGAUGCUCUAUCUUUCCCAAGCUCUCUUGGUUUAAGCACUACUAGUACUGCUCCUCUGCCGGGGGAACUGAAGUUCAAUAGAGUGAUAGUUGCUCAGGACAAUAAUGCAAGUGAUGACCAGAGAGCCCCGGUGAACAGAGGCCACAUAACCAGGCAGAAUGGACAACACGUCACAAAGUGCCUUAAUUUCUCAGGAGAGAAGCCCUCCACACCAACCCUUGACACCAUAAACUACCCUAUGCACAUGAAGAAUCUUUCCCUUGAGGAACUGGAGGUGUUGGCCAAUGAGAUCCGAGAAGAGAUUGUUUAUACAGUGUCAAAGACAGGGGGACACCUAAGUUCAAGCCUAGGGGUGGCUGAGUUGACAGUUGCACUUCACCAUGUUUUCAACGCUCCUGAAGAUAAGAUUAUAUGGGAUGUUGGGCAUCAGGCCUACCCACAUAAGAUAUUAACCGGCCGGAGAUCAAGAAUGCAUACAAUUAGGCAGACUUGUGGGCUUGCUGGCUUCCCCAAGAGGGAUGAGAGUGUAUAUGACGCCUUUGGAGCUGGCCAUAGUUCAACUAGCAUUUCUGCUGGCUUAGGAAUGGCAGUUGGCAGGGACUUGCUGGGGAAGAAGAACCAUGUAAUUUCUGUUAUAGGCGAUGGGGCAAUGACAGCCGGCCAGGCAUAUGAGGCAAUGAACAAUGCCGGUUACCUUGACACAAAUCUUAUCAUCAUUUUGAACGACAAUGAACAAGUUUCCUUGCCCACUGCAACUCUCGACGGCCCUGCUCCGCCCGUUGGAGCUCUCAGCAGAUCCCUAACCAGGCUACAAGCAAGUAGAAAGUUUCGCCAACUCCGCGAAGUAGCAAAGGGCUUUACAAAGCAAAUUGGAGGGCAAGCGCAUGGAAUUGCUGCUAAAGUUGAUACCUAUAUGAGAGGGAUGGUGGGUGGUGCUGGGGCAUGUUUUUUUGAAGAACUUGGACUAUACUAUAUUGGUCCAGUAGAUGGUCAUAAUGUGGAAGAUCUUGUGCAUAUUAUGAAGAAUGUCAAGGCCAUGCCAGCUCCAGGGCCUGUUCUUAUCCAUGUCAUCACAGAGAAAGGAAAAGGCUAUGCUCCAGCUGAAGUUGCAUCUGAUAAAAUGCAUGGUGUUGUGAAAUUUGAUCCCAAGUCAGGGAAACAGCUGAAGACCAAAUCGGCUACUCGUUCAUACACCCAGUACUUUGCAGAGUCCUUGAUUGCAGAAGCCGAGAGAGAUGAUAAAAUUGUAGCCAUUCAUGCUGCGAUGGGAGGAGGCACAGGACUUAAUUUAUUCCAGAAGCAAUUCCCUGAUAGAUGCUUUGAUGUCGGAAUAGCUGAGCAACAUGCUGUUACCUUUGCUGCUGGCCUAGCUGCUGAAGGGCUAAAGCCCUUCUGCACUAUAUACUCUUCUUUUCUACAAAGAGGCUAUGAUCAGGUUGCUCAUGAUGUAGACCUACAAAGGCUUCCAGUUAGAUUUGCUAUUGACAGGGCAGGCCUUGUUGGAGCAGAUGGUCCAACCCAUUGUGGGGCCUUUGACACAACUUUCUUGGCUUGUUUACCUAACAUGGUGGUCAUGGCUCCUUCAAACGAAACUGAACUGAUGCACAUGGUGGCCACAGCUGCUGCCAUUGAUGACAGGCCUAGCUGCUUUAGGUACCCCAGAGGAAGUGGCAUUGGUUCGAUUCUUCCACCGAAUAACAAAGGGACGCCAUUGGAGGUUGGUAAGGGAAAGGUGCUAAGGCAGGGAAGCAGGGUGGCUAUUUUGGGGUAUGGCACAGUAGUACAAGGCUGUAUGGCAGCAGCAGAGCUGCUUCAAGGGAUUGGAAUCUCAACAACUGUGGCUGAUGCACGAUUCUGCAAGCCUCUUGAUGGAGAUUUGAUUAGACGUUUAGCUCAAGAGCAUGAGGUCCUCAUCACUGUGGAAGAAGGGUCUAUAGGAGGAUUCAGCUCUCAUGUUUCCCACUUCUUGGGAUUGAAUGGAUUACUUGAUGGAAAUCUCAAGUGGAGGGCUAUGAUGCUCCCUGACAGAUAUAUUGAGCAUGGUUCUCAGACAGACCAGAUCGAAGCAGCAGGCCUUACUUCAAAGCAUAUUGCAGCUACUGUUUCUUCAUUGAUAGGGGAAAAGAGGGAUGGCUUUCACCUUCUCAACGUAUAGAUAGAUUCUUCCCAGACCAAAAGUUGUACUCUUGUAUCUUAUAUGUGAGCUGCAGAUAGAAACUACUCCUAAAAUAAAUGUAUUCCUUGUUGGGGAAUGACAAAUAUACAGAUUUUUUUU